CGUACGCACAGCGCCUGCAUUACUGACUGCACGUGCCACUAGAGGGCAGUAUUGUUUCUGUUUCCGCAGUCAGCGCUUCCUAUUUCAGCGGCGGCCUGAUUUGAUGACGUAUAUUGGACGCGCCGGAAGUAAGUCUCGCAAGUGGAAAGCGCCAGGACGCCGUGGUGUUUGUAGUUCUGCUGAGCCGCUCACGAUGGCUCUUACCACGAAACUAGAGAAGAUGGCGGUAGAAUCGCGGGUGACGCAGGAGGAAAUAAAAAAGGAACCGGAGAAGCCCAUAGAUAGGGAGAAGACCUGCCCUCUUCUCUUGAGGGUUUUCACAACAAAUAACGGGAGACACCAUCGGAUGGAUGAAUUUUCAAGGGGAAACGUACCGUCCAGUGAGCUUCAGAUCUAUACCUGGAUGGAUGCCACUCUCAAGGAAUUAACGAGCUUAGUUAAAGAAGUUUACCCAGAUGCUCGGAAAAAAGGAACUCAUUUCAACUUUGCUAUUGUCUAUCCGGAUCCAAAGCGACAAGGCUACAGGGUGAAGGAGAUCGGGAGUACAAUAUCAGGCAGGAAGGGAUCUGAUGACUCCAUGACACUUCAAUCACAGAGAUUUCAGAUCGGAGAUUAUCUGGACAUUACAAUUACACCUCCAAACAGAGCUCCGCCUCCUCCAGGCCGCAUGAGACCCUAUUAAUAUACAUUUGAAAAACAUUAUUUUUUUUUAAGUGGACUUUUUGGUAUUGUGAUAUCUGUUUUAAGGUCCUGAAAAAAGCAACGAUUUUCAGUUUCAAUUCAUUUGAUUUUCUGCAUUUUAGAAUCUUAUAAAGUGUUUUUUUAUUUU